AACACAGAUGAAACUCAAUAAACUCAGAGACAGAGAACGUUGGACUGAAGCAGAGGUGGAACAGAACAGCACGAAGAUGCUUCGCUUCAUUCAACGCUGGAAAAAUAACAAACAAAUAAACAAAGAACAAUAAGACCUGCUGCCAAAGAGAGAGAGAGAGAGAGAGAGAGAGAGAGAGAGAGAGCUCCAUAGGGAAUGAAUGGAGGUAGAGAGGUAAAGUGACACAGAAAGAAGGCCCCCACCACCACCUCCAUUGUUUUUUUGAGGGGGGCUGGUUUGAGGUGAGAGCGGUCGAGCUCCAUAAAGAAUGAACAGGGAGAGAGAGAGGGGGAGUGUCGUCAGGUAAAACAGGAGAAGAAGAAGAAGAAAGAGGAUAAAACCACAGAGGAAGAAGUUUGUGCUUCAAUAAAGGACAGAUUCAGGAAGAAGAAGAAGAGGAAACACCUGUGGCUUCCAAGCAGCGCUCUUUCACCCUGACUGCUGGAGCGAUUGAUUGACUGGUCAGUUUUAACCCUGACGUGCCAUCAUGUCAUCAAACAUCAACGUCUCCCUGGACAAUCCGUACGGUCAGGUGACCAUCCCGAGGGCUAAGCUCCGCCCCUCUGAUGAUGUUGCAACAGUGAUAGCCAAUCCAGUGGCUCUGAGCAGUCACGACGGGAACCCGUACAGCGCUUCGAGCUCCGCCCCCCCGCCACCAUACAUGGUGAAGGAAGACAAAGGGGGAGAGGAGGAGGGGGGAGGCAGGUGUCGCGCCUGCUGCUACCGCUGCAGGAGGAGGAAGUGAUAUCAGCAUGACGGGACAUGACAUCACAGUGACAGGAUGUGAUGUCAGCACACCAGGAGGAUUUUGAUUGGCUCAGAAUUAUUUAUUCAUGGGUCAAUGUUUCUGUUAUUCCCCUGAGGAAAUGUCAAAGGAAGGAAGGAAAGGAAACAAGAACACAACUGAGGAGGUGAAAGAAGGAAAGGAGGGAAGGAAAGGUUGUGAACUUGAGAAAGUUGUUUCUCAGUGGCGGCCAUUUUGUGUCAUUUUAAUGUGGAAAACUAAAAAACUAUCAACUUCCUGUUUAGGUUAAAAAACUGAGAUGAAGUUGAGAUGAAGUUUUAAAGACGAAUCAUCAAGAUUCAGACAAGAGCUCAAGGUCCACUUACUGAAAUAUUUCUGAAGCUCAGAGAAGAAGACUGAGCAACGCAGCUGAAAGCUUCAGGAAUAAGCAGGUAAGUGAACUUUGAGUUGAGGUUUUUCUGACAAACAGAAUCAUAAUUUUAACAACAACGAUUAUUUGAUGAAGCAAAAUAACAUGAAUGUUGAAACCAGAUUUAAUGUAACGUUUGUGAUCGCAGAGCUUUUCCUCCCUCGUUCGUCCAUUUUUCAUCCGUUACUUUAUUUUUCUUUCUUUGGUUUAAAAACCAGAGAAAGAUCAGACGUUUGUUCAUGUUGAAGCAGAUUAGACACAAAAUGGCCGCCACUGAUGUAACAGUGACUAAAACUAAUGAAUUAUUAAUGUAAUUUCAUCAUCACUGUGAUUCUGACAGUGAAACACGAGGUGAAUGAUUUUACAGCAAUGAAUCCAUUUAACCUUCGUCUGACACUAACAAGCUUCUUUCUUAUUAAAUGACUUUUGAAUUUCACACAAAUGUUCAGGAUUUUUUCAAAGAUCUUUUUAGAAAGCAACGCUGAAAUUUCCUGAAACACCUGUGUACGUUAGAAAAAUGGAGAUUUUGGACAUUUUUAGAAGAUUUCUUUCUUUUUUCUUUGUGUUUUGUAUUGAUUCAGUUUCACUCAGCUUUUCCUUCGUCAGAUGAAAUGAUUACGAUGAUGAUUUUUGUUUGUUUUUUUUCAGAAAGUGUUAAACUUUUUCCAUAAAGUAUUUCGAUUUUUUUUUCAUGACAGCGACUCAGAACAUUUUAGUUUGAAGGAGGUUUUGAAGUCAAAGUGUAAAAAUGUGUGAGUGUGGAAUCAGAUUAUUGUUCUGUGAUUGAUUUAUGGAUCAGGGCAAAUAAAGAGCACGUGAAGAUGAACUCCGAUAAAGUGACUGAAGUCUGUUUGAAACGUAAACUGAUCUGUGUUCACGUCAUUCAGUCAGUCGACUGCAGGCGUCUUUCACUCUCUGAUCUGGAAUCAGUAAAAACAGCUGAGUGCAGACGCCUGCAGACAAAGCUCAGGGCGAAAAAACAACCUCGCACAUGUAAACGCACACGCAUUUUACACAGGUUACAGUUUCUGUCUCUCUCUGUUGCCGUGGAAACCUCAGUCUGUCCACGCUGAGCUGUAACCUGAUAGGUUGACACCAGUAGCCAAUAGAAACCUGAGAACCUCAACUUUCUAUUGGCUGAUCAGGUUACAGUUCAGAUUAUUGAUUAUUUAAUGUGUUCAAAUUUUAUAUGAUCAAAGUUUAAAUCUGAAUAUUUGUUAUAUAUGUAAACUUAUAUUUACACAUUAGUUCUGUAUCAUUGUGAAAGUAUUGAUCUGUUAUUGAUUUUGUCUCAUUUCUACAUUUUUAUUUACAGGAAAUGCUUCAUGUUAUUUUUGAUAUUUUUGCUUUUUACAGAAUCAGAAACUCGACUGAUGUUUCUGAGCUCGUGGGAAAGUUUACGUUAAAAACUCGUUUCAUUAACUGUUUGAUGAUGAAUUGACUCAGAGACUCGAGCGUUGGGCGAGCGAGGUUGAAUUAUUGAUGAAGGUGGCUCUCUCUCUCUCUGACGACGAUAACAAAGGAACAGAGAAGAAAAGAGAGAGAACAGCGAGACCGAAAAGGAAAGAAAGAAGAAGACAGAGCUGAUAAAAACAAAAAGAGAAAGAAAACGAUAAAAAAGAAGAAGAAAGGAAAAAGGAGAGGAAGGACUGACCAAGGAACGGAGUGAAAAGUCAAGUGGAAUAAAAGACGAGGAGAGAAGAAGAAAAACUAGGAUGAGAGGAGACAAAACACUGGAGUAAAAGACGAGAAGAAGGAAGGAAAACUGAAAAACGAGAGAGGAAGAAAUAAAAGGAAAAAGCAGAAUGAAAGACGUCAAGAAGAGUAAACAAUAAACAGAAAGGAGGACGAGAGAAUGUGAAGAAAAACAAACAAGAAGAAGAAAAAAUCCAGGUGAGUCUGUGAUGACGUGAAGAAUCUGACCAAUCACAGUUGCUGUAAAUUGUUUGUUUCAUUCGUAUGAAAAAUAUCUUUGCUGAUCAACACGAACUGACUCUGGUCCCAGUCUGACUCUGACUCUGGUCCCAGUCUGACUCUGGCCCUGGUCCCAGUCUGACUCUGACACUGGUCCCAGUCUGACUCUGACUCUGGUCCCAGUCUGACUCUGACUCUGGUCCCAGUCUGACUCUGGCCCUGGUCCCAGUCUGACUCUGACACUGGUCCCAGUCUGACACUGAUCCCAGUCUGACUCUGGUCCCAGUCUGACUCUGACUCUGGUCCCAGUCUGACUCUGGCCCUGGUCCCAGUCUGACUCUGACACUGGUCCCAGUCUGACUCUGACAUUGGUCCCAGUCUGAUUCUGACUCUGGUCCCAGUCUGACUCUGACACUGGUCCCAGUCUGACACUGACUCUGGUCCCAGUCUGACCCUGGCCCUGGUCCCAGUCUGACUCUGACUCUGGUCCUAGUGAAAAACAGAAACUUUUCUUCUUUGUCCAAUCAGAACAAAAUGUCUGAUGACAAAAAAAAAGAAGAGGAGGAGGAAGAGGAAGUGACCUGUCACCCCUGCCCCCCUACUCCGCCUCCUCUCUCCUCUGUUGCCAUGGAGUCAAUGUCGUUGCCGAGGAGACAGGACCUGGUGUGCAUCGUGUGUUUCGGCAGCUACGACUUAGCGAUGCGGUUGCCCCGGCGACUGCAUUGCGGCCAUGCCUUCUGCCAGGCGUGUCUGAAAAGGCUGGACACGGUCAUCAACGAACAGGUGUGGAUCCCAUGUCCUCAGUGUCGACAGAACACGCCUCGGCCCAGAGGAGGAGCAGCGGGUCUGGACCUGGACUUGGCCUCCUUCCUGGGAGUGAAGGCCCAGCAGACCUGCACCUCCUCCUGCUCCUCGUCCUCCUGGAGCGCCGGUCGCAGGGAGGGGGAGGCUGCGAGAGAUGCGUCUCAGGACGGGAAGCUGUGGCUGGGGAAGGAGGUCGCUGACGACGGCUGGUCACACGGUGGUUUGGCUGAGCCGCGUUUCCAUCGCUAUGGCAACUGCUGCCCGCCGCUGUCCUAUUGGUUGUGCUGCUGGUUGUGUUGCCAGGGGCGGGGCUAAGACUCUGCUUUAGCUGAUGUAAAAACUUUAUU